AUCUCCAUCACCCUCGCAAAACACAGAUUUUUUUCGAUAAGGACCGAUGUGAAUUCUCACUAAUGCCCCUCCCUAUAAGGAUCUUAUUGACUUUUCACUCGAGGAACAUAAUUUUUUUCUUUUCAAUUUUACUAUUUUUUAGUUGAAAAAACAAAACCCUAACCUCUUCAUCCCUUUUCCGAUGUACGGAUCCGAGAAUAACCGCGAAGACUCGGAGCGAACGGCGUUCAGAAGAGCAGAGAAGAAGUACAAGCUCUACUACGACAACAAUGCUUCUUCCAAGAACAAAAAAAAAAAACAACCAAAAUCCGUUGACCUAACGGAGGUCCUUGACUUCAGAUCCAUUCUACAAUGCCAUCUUCAAAACGGUGCGCUUCCUCCGGGUGUUAUCGUUCUUCACGACAAAUUCACUUCACCAGUUUUUUCCUUGCAAAAUCACCCAGGGUUUUAUUUUAUUCCUGGGGCAUUAAACGUAGAGAAACAAUGUAGUUUGAUAAGGGAGAGUUUGGUUGAUUUUCCGCAGCCACCUAACAGAACAAAUCACAAUGCCAUGUAUGGUCCUGUUCAGGAUGUGUUUGUUGCGGCCAAGGAAGGGAAGGUCUUGGUUGAAGACAACUCUGACUCUCCAAAAGGAUGGAAGUUUACUACUGAAAAGGAUGCGUCGUUGAGGAAGUGCAGAUCGGUUUCUGGUUCUGCGUUGCUUCGGAAGUUGCGGUGGAGCACCCUUGGCCUACAAUUUGAUUGGUCCAAGCGGAAUUACGAAGUGUCUCUCCCACAUAACAAAAUCCCUGAUGCACUGUGUGAGCUUGCCAAACAACUGGCAAAGCCUGCUUUGCCUGCUGGUGUUGAAUUCAGGCCUGAAGGUGCAAUAGUGAAUUACUUUGGCUUAGGGGACACACUGGGUGGCCACCUUGAUGACAUGGAAGCAGAUUGGAGCAAGCCUAUAGUUAGUUUAAGUCUGGGCUGCAAAGCUAUAUUUCUUUUGGGAGGAAAAUCCAGAGAGGAUACGCCCCUGGCAAUGUUCCUUCGAAGUGGCGAUGUUGUUCUUAUGGCUCGAGAUGCAAGGGAAUGCUUUCAUGGGGUUCCUCGGAUCUUCACAGAUAAAGAAAAUGCUGAAAUAGGCCAUCUUGAGACACAGCUGACGCAUGAAGAUGAUCUUUGUUUCUUAAAAUACAUUCAAACUUCUAGAAUCAACAUCAAUAUCAGACAAGUUUUUUGAGUAGUAUUUUCUUUUCUUUCAAAGAGAAAUUUUGUUUAACUAGCUCAUGAAACAAAAAAUGAUGUAUCAUUUUUACUAAACGUGAUUAUUGAUUCAGUUCUAUUUUAUAUGACAAGUGAGUCUAAUCCAGCAAAC